UCCGGGAGGGGUGGAGGCCCAGGCGCCCAGCCCGCCGCGCGUCGCUCCCGCCCCUUGGCGGCGCCGGCCCCGCGGGAUUCGCAGCGGGAGCGGCCGCAGGGAGAUCGCCGACGCCGCGGCAGUGACCCUGGUCCUGAAGUUGCUCCGUCCUCCGCCUCCCAAGUGCUGGGAUUACAAGAGUGUGUAACCAGGCCCAGCUUUGAAGGACUCUUCCUGUAAGCUCCAGCCAUGAAAGUAAAGAGUGUUAGUUUCAGAAGAGUGAAUAGACUUCACUGAGGAUGUCUGAAAACCUUGACAAGUCCCAUAUAAAUGAAGCAGGAGAGUCAAAGCCUGACUCUGAGCAAGGCCUGGAAGGUGCUCUGGAACGUUCUGAUGAAGCUUUACAGAAGAAAGUGAAGUCGGACUCACCUAGUCCCCAAAGAGUGGGAAGACCUCACUCUAGUCCUCCACGACUGGUCACUGUGGAGGAGCUUCUAGAAACAGCGAAAGGAGUCACCAACAUGGCUCUAGCCCACGAGAUUGUCGUCAAUGGAGACUUCCGGAUUAACGCCGUUGAAUUAGCAGAAGGCAGCUUGGAGAAAAGAGUAAAGGAGAUUGUACAUAAAGCAUUCUGGGAUUGCUUGAGUGUCCAGCUAAGUGAAGACCCCCCAACAUAUGACCAUGCCAUCAAACUUGUAGGAGAGAUCAAAGAGACCCUGCUCUCUUUCUUGCUGCCUGGUCACACUAGACUAAGAGACCAGAUAACCGAGGUCUUGGAUCUGGAUCUGAUUAAACAGGAAGCAGAGAAUGGGGCCCUAGACAUUGCCAAGCUGGCAGAAUUCAUUAUUGGCAUGAUGGGGACAUUGUGUGCACCUGCUCGAGAUGAGGAAGUUAAAAAGCUAAAGGACAUUAAGGAAAUAGUGCCUCUUUUCAGGGCAAUCUUUUCUGUGUUGGACCUAAUGAAAGUAGACAUGGCCAACUUUGCUAUCACUAGCAUUAGACCACACCUCAUGCAGCAAUCAGUUGAAUAUGAGAGGAAGAAGUUUCAGGAGGUGUUGGAGAAGCAACCGAACUCCCUGGACUUUGUCACUCAGUGGCUGGAGGAGGCCUCAAAUGACCUUUUGACUCAGAAGUACAAACACGCCCUGCCGGCUGGAGGAGGGGCUGCUGGCUCUGGGGAUGCUGCAGUGCUGAGCCCUGCUUCUGUCCAGAAUUAUGCCUACUUGAAGCUUCUGAAAUGGGACCACUUCCGGAGACCUUUCCCCGAGACCGUUCUGAUGGACCAGUCUCGUUUCCAAGAACUCCAGUUGCAGCUGGAGCAGCUGGUCAUCCUGGGGUCUGUGCUGCUCGUGACACUCAGCACCGCCGCACCUGGGAUUUCUGGCCACGCUGACUUUGCAGAGAAACUCAAGAUGACGGUGAAGAUUCUGCUAACGGACAUGCGUCUGCCUUCCUUCCGUCUGGAGGAUGCUCUGACUUCCAUUGGGGAGAAGGUGUGCCUGGAGGUGAGCGGCUGCCUCUCCCUGUGUGGGUCACCCCCAUUCUCCAUCAACAAGGAGGCUGCCCUCAAGGGCCAGGUUCAGGCCCUGGCCAGUCCUGACGACCCCAUUCGCAGGAUCGUGGAGUCCCGAGUUUUCACCUUCUUGGAGACACACCUUGCCUCUGGUCAUCAGAAGCUGUUGCCUACAGUGCCAGGGGGGCUGGGUCCCAUUCAGAAAGAGCUGGAAGAAGUCGCAGUGAAAUUCGUGCGCCUGGUCAACUAUAACAAGAUGGUGUUCUGCCCUUACUAUGACGCAAUCCUCGGUAAGCUGCUCCUCCGCUCCUGAGGCGCACAGCUGCAGCACCGGCCCCUCUCCUCAGAAGCUCUCCCAGUGCAGUGCCGUUGCUGUGGAGGAAGAAUGGCAUGCGGAACACUCCUGUCUGGUAGCGCUGGUUCCGGAGGGAAGACGUUCCUGUGUCGCCGUUGGAGAGACUCACUGAAGAAUGCACUGAGUUCUGUUUUGAGGACUGUAUUUACGAGUGCAAGUUUACAAGCUCAAGAAGCUCUCGUUCUCUUGAGUUUACGGGGGCACUCAGCUCCCAUCAGUUGGCUGCCCCUGUCUCUGCUCCUGCUGCAUCAGGGUGGAGGAGUCGGUUCUCCCCUGGAGUCUGGGGCCUUUCUCUCCUGUGGGUCAUUCUUUCUCAGAAUCUCCGUGCUGACAUCAUAGGCCAUGCCUUGUUCUGUUGCCCCUUCACAGCCCUCCUCCCACUACUCUUCCUGUGAGUGGUUCUUUUUUUUCUUUUUUCAAGACAAAGUUUCUCCAUGUAGCCCUGACUGUCCUGGAACUAGCUCUGUAGUCCUGGCUGGCCUAAACUCACAGAGAUCCCCCUGCCUCUGCCUCCCGAGUGCUGAGAUUCAAGGCACGUGCCACUAAUGCCUGGCCCCUUUUGGUGUUUUGUGAUGAGGUCAUCUGUAGCCUUACAGGGUCUGUCCCACUCAUCUCCACCUCUCUCCAUUUAUUGCUUCUUGGGUCCAGCCUAGCCAGCGUUCAGAGCCCUUUUGUUCCUCAGUAGAGUUACUGAUAAUUUAUGUUGUCUUAUUUUUUAUUAUCAUGAUUAUUUUUGAAACAGCAUCUCUCUAUAUAUAUACCUCUGGCUGGCCCACAACUUGUUUUGUAGGACAGGUAGACUCAGACCUGCAUGAGCCCUCCUGCCUCUGCUUCACAGGUGCUGGGGUUACAGGCUCCUGCUGCCAUACCUGCGGGGUAGAACUUGAUUUGUAAAAGCUUAUUUGUUGGCUUGGGAUGUAGUACACUGGUUACUGGUUACUAGCAUGGACAAGGCUCUGGUAUGAUCUCUUGCAUUUAAACAAUGAAAGAUGUACACACACACACACACACACACACACACACACACACACACACCAGGCAUUGAGAAGCCAUAAGCUCUUGUAACUUCAGCUACCUGAAAGGAUUGUUUGUGCCCAGGAACUCAGGAGCAGCCUGGGUAAUAAAGACUCCACCUUAAAUGAACAAGGACAGAAAUAUUGUUCUUUCUACAGAAGUGUUCCUGAGGCAGGAUGGCAGCAGCUGAGGCUUAUGGAGCCAGGCAUGGUGACAUAUACCUGUAAUCUUAGCUCUAGGGAGGCCGAGGCAACAGAAUUGCAAGUUGAGCUUGCUAAGCUGGACUACAUAGUGAGAGCCUCCUUCAAAAGCAAGACAACAUGCUGGGUGGGCAGUGGUGGCGCACACCUUUAAUUCCAGCACUCAGGAGGCAAAGGCAGGUGGAUCUCUGAGUUCGAGGCCAGCCUAGUCUACAGAGUGAGUUCCAGGACAGCCAGAGCUACACAGAAAAACACUGUCUCGAAAAACAGAAAAAUGACCACACUUAUGUAUGAAGUCUAAAAAAAUGAAAUCCUUUUACUUUUAAUCCUUAAAAGAUAGAUGUAUAUAGUUUAGUAUAACAAAAAAGAAAAGAAUAAUCAAUCCACUGUGAUGAAUACACAAAUGUGCUGAUGGAAUUCUAAUUCAGAAAUUAUUUUUAAGUAUUUUAGAUAAAAUAGCCCACCCUCACUAAUCUAGAUAAGGAGGAAAAUUCCCCAGUAUUUGAGCAGAAUUCUUAAGCAAUUUGAGUGACCAGAAUUCCCGACACACCAUAUGACCUUGAGAGUGCUUUGGAUGUGGUACAGAUGAUCUGUUAAAGAAAAAAAAAAAGUAAGCCAGGCAGUGGUGGCACAUGCCUUUAAUCCCAGCACUUGGGAGGCAGAGGCAGGCGAAUCUGUUGAGUUUGAGGCCAGCCUGGUCUACAGAGCGAGAUCUAGGACAGGCUCCAAGUUACACAGAGAGACUCUGUCUGGGUGGGGGCGGGGGAGUAUAUGCACUACUGUGUGUAUUUUGACUGGAACAUUACAGUAGGAGCAGAGCCAUGAAGUUGGGGUGAUCUCCAGUCAGAUUCCCUGGGCAUCAGACAAAAGGAACAUUCUCUCUGAAGACUAUCCAGUGAUGACAGAAUGCAGGUCAGAGGGCAUAGUGAACCUAGCCUGGGGGAGUACACCUGAAAUUCCAACACUUCAGAGGCUGAGGCAGAAGGCUAGCCUGGGGUACAUAGCAAGCCCCCACCUGAAAAAGAAAAAGAAAGAAUGGCUGUAUUGAGGAUGAUUUCUCCAAAUACAUGCUACAAACUACUCUAAUGCUGAUUUUUGUUUCCAAGUAAAAUAAUGUGCUGAAUGUGCUGAUGCACGCCUUUAAUCCUAGCUCCAGAGGCAGGAGAAGGUGGAUCUCCAUGAGUUCAAGGCCAGGCUGGUCUACAUAGUGACUUUCCAGGCUAUCGAGGGAUGCAUAGUGAGAACUGUCUCAAAAAUAAAUAAUAAAAGUAUGCUAUAUUA